AUGUAAAGUUUUACUGUGAUAGUAUUUGUUGACAGCGGGUGGUUUCUAAUAAUUAAUGACUAAAAUUUAAAUAAUAUUAUAUCGCAAUAUUUAUUAAUAUAAAUACAAAGUAAACACAUUAAAUUAACCAUAUUACUAUAAAUCGAUAUAAUUAUCAAUUGUAUGCUAGACAGUUCACAAGUUUUAUAUAAUUUAUUGCACGUACAAAUAAAACAAAAAUUUCAUACAUAUAACCAACAACCUGGAACUGGAAUUUCAAUACAUUAAAUAAAUUAAAACAACAAAAAUUGACAAUAAUUUAAAAAAAACAAUACGUAAUUUAGUACUUAAUUAUUCAAGUUUUAUCAAACUAGAUAACUUUAAUCAAACAAAUUUAAUUUAAGUAAAUAAAUUAAAAUGGUAGUAAAUAUGAAUAAAAUCUUUUUUAAUUCAAAAAAGCUAUUAAAUUCAAGUGCAGCAAUAAAACAACUGUUACUCAAUACUCGUGAUCAGAAAAGAAAUUUUUCAGUCUCAAGUUGUUUAAGUAUGCGUUUUGUACAAUAUACAGUAAAUGGUGGCCCACAACGUUUAGGUGCCCAAAUUUGUACUGGAGGUGAUAUUUUUGAUAUCAGUGCUGUUGAUUCAACAAUACCAAAUUCUUUGCCAAAAUUUUUGGCCGCUGAUAAAUCUGUUCAUGAACGAGCUAAAAGAAUCGUUGCCGCAGCUUCUUCUUUGGUUUAUUACAAAGAUGUGAAACUUCUUUCACCGGUCACACAUCCAGAUAAAGUGGUAUGUGUAGGAUUAAACUACAGUGGUCAUUGUGAGGAACAGAAUAAGCCCUUUCCUAAAGAACCUACAGUUUUUAGCAAGUUUUCAUCAACCAUAUGCGGUCCAACUGAUGAUAUAGUUUUACCCAGCGUUUCGACGAGAGUUGAUUAUGAAGUUGAAUUGGCUGUAAUUAUUGGUAAACAAGGUAAAAAUAUUCCUAAAGCUAAAGCUUACGAUCACGUGUUUGGAUAUACAAUCGCACAAGAUAUCACUGCGCGAGAUUGGCAAAAACGAAAUGGCGGUCAGUGGUUACUAGGCAAAGCAAUGGAUACAUUUUGUCCAUUGGGACCGGCUGUGGUUACAAAAGAAGUUAUCGACGAUCCCCACAAUUUAGAUAUUAAAUGUACUGUUAAUGGACAAGAGAGACAGUGUGCAAAUACAAAUGAGUUGAUAUUUAAAGUUGAUUUUAUAAUUUCCUACUUAUCAGAGUUAUUUACAUUAUAUCCAGGUGAUGUAAUUUUAACAGGGACACCUGCUGGAGUGGGUGUGUUUAGAAAUCCUCCUCUAUAUUUACAAAAAGGUGAUGUAAUUGAAAGUGAAAUUGAAGGUAUCGGAAAAAUGAUAAAUAAAGUAGUUUAAAAUAAAGUGUAAAGAAUAAAUGUUGGUUUUUUAAUUUUAAUCAUGUACAAUACUUAAAAAUGAUGUACUUAAAAUAAAUAAUCACC